AACAAGUCAAUUGGAAAAACAUAAUAAAAAAAGAAAGAAAUGGGUAAAACAGAAAAAGUAAGCGCAGAAAAAGAGGAAGAGGAAAUGGGAACAUCAUCAAAUAACGAGUUCGAUCUUCCCGAGGAAGUGUUACAGGCACUACCUUCUGAUCCUUUUGCACAGCUUGACGUGGCUCGAAAGAUUACCUCCAUUGCUCUUUCGACACGUGUUUCUGCUCUCGAAUCGGAAGCGUCUGCUCUCCGGUCUGAGCUCAGUGACAAGGAUGAUUUCAUUUCCGACCUACAAUCUCAGAUUGAAUCUCUUGAUGCGUCCCUCUCUGAAACUACCCACCGUCUUUCUCGCGCCGACCAGGAAAAGGAGAGCUUGGUGAAAGAGAAUACUUCGUUGUCCAAUACUGUUGCUAAGCUUCGUAGAGAUGUGUCCAAGUUGGAGGUCUUCAGAAAGACACUCAUGCAGUCACUUCAAGAAGAUGAUGGAAAUACUGCAGGAUUGCUACAGAAAGCUACCAAGGAAACUUCUACCCCAACUAUUAUGUCUGCUCAGUCACAAAGUGGAGAUGGUGAUGUAACUCCAAUACCAUCGGCAUAUGUUUCUUCUACAGAGACUGAGAGUUUAGAACAUGGAAACUCAUCAUUGGAGGAUCGCGAAGCAGAAGUUUCGAGGCCUCGGAUAUCACCAGGUCUCUUGUUAGCAUCACAAACUAAUACUCCUCGCCUCACUCCUCCUGGUUCCCCUCCUACUUUGUCUGCAUCUGUGUCACCAUCCAAAACAUCUAAGCCAGCAUCACCAAGGCGACAUUCUGUUUCAUUUUCAACAACCAGAGGCAUGCUUGAUUCUUUGCCUUCAAGCACCCACAGUUCCUUUUCAGCUUCGGAUUCGGGAAGCGGGAGAACUCAAGUUGAUGGGAAAGAAUUCUUCCGCCAAGUCAGGAGUCGUCUCUCUUAUGAACAGUUUGGUGCAUUUUUAGCAAACGUGAAGGAGCUGAACUCACACAAACAAACAAAAGAAGAAACACUUAGGAAAGCUGAUGAGAUUUUUGGUCCCGACAAUACGGAUCUCUAUACAAUUUUCGAAGGGCUGCUGACGCGUAAUGCCCAUUAAAAAACGCUCUACUCAUUCUGUUUUUAUUCUAUUUUUAUUUAUUUUGGGUGCUACUAAAAGCAUCCUUUCACCAAGAAAUAAGCCAAAUAUUCAUCUAUUCAAAGCAUUUUACUUGAUAUGAUUUUGAGAAGUUGUACCCAUUUCCUUUUCCGUUUGUAUAAUUACAUUUACCACUUCCUUUGUGAAUGAAUGUAACUAAAGCUUAUUUUAGUUA